GGUCGAUAUUACGCAGCUUGCGGGAGAUUUGGUUGAUGCAAAGAAAAGUGUUCUAUGAAAUGCCUGAGAGGAACUCGGUCACGUGGAAUGCUAUGAUCACUGGUUUAGUUAAAUGGGGUGAGCUUGAAAUGGCGCGUAGUCUUUUUGAAGAGAUGCCGGAUAGGACUGUUGUGUCGUGGACGGGUAUCAUUGAUGGUUAUACGAGGAUGAAUAAGUUUGAUGAAGCUAUAGCUUUGUUUCGAAGAAUGGUUGUUUUUGAAGGUAUAAAACCUAGUGAAAUUACAAUCCUGGCCAUUUUACCAGCCAUUUUCAGUAAGGGAGAUCUUAAAAUGUGCCAGUCAGUUCAUGGUUACGAGGAGAAAAGAGGCUUUAAUGCAGUUGAUAUUCGUGUUAUGAAUGCACUAAUAGAUGCCUAUGCUAAAUGCGGAUGCAUAGUGAGUGCAUCAAGAUUCUUUGAGGAAAUAUCAUCAAAGAUAAGAAAUUUGGUUACAUGGACAUCGAUGAUUUCCGGGUUUGCAAUGCAUGGAAUGGGGAAAGAAGCUGUAGAUUGCUUUGCAAGGAUGGAGAAAAAUGGUCUCAAGCCAAAUCGAGUAACAUUUUUAAGUGUCUUGGAUGCUUGUAGUCAUGGAGGACUGGUUGAAGUGGGGCUCAAGUUUUUCCAGAAGAUGGUUAUCGAAGGUCAAGUUUUACCGGACAUUAAGCAUUAUGGGUGUCUAAUAGAUGUGUUGGGAAGGGCAGGGAGGUUAGAAGAAGCAGAAAAGCUGGCUCUGGAAGUUCCUGAUAACAUUGCUAAUGUUGUGAUUUGGAGAAUACUUUUGGGUGCUUGUAGUUUUCAUGGUAAUGUUGAGAUGGGUGAAAGAGUUACACGGAAGUUAUUGGAGAUGGAGAGAAGUUAUGGAGGGGAUUAUGUGCUUAUGUCAAACAUUCUUGCUGGUGUUGGGAGGUUUAGGGACAGUGAGAGAUUGAGGAUCACAAUGGAUCAAAGGAAUGCUUACAAAAUUCCAGGGCAGAGUUUGGUAUGACUGGACCUACAAGUGAAAUUGAUUUAGUAGACUCGUAGACACAGAGUUACUUGCAUUACAAGUUUAACAAAUUGGCUGAGAUUGCUAGGAAUAAGCUUUUCAAGUCGCAUCUUCAAGUAUUCCUUUUGUGGCUUUAAUAUGAUUCAAGAGUCACAGAUGACUACAAAUGGCAUGGCAGCCAACUUUCUUAAAUGAUUGCAUCAAGGAGAAUCUCAAUAAUAAGGUGUGGUAUGAUUCUCAUCCUAAUCUGAAGAUUAGUGCUUUAACACUGAAUCUUCUUGUUAUUGAUUCAGUGAUUACAGUGAAGAUAAUUGAACAUUUCGGGUUGAUCCAUAAUGUGAAAUUUCUGGUAUGUUGACUGCAUAUCGACAAAGGGAUUCUAGGGACUACAGGUUACUGUGAUUUCUGUUGUUACUAUGAGCCUAACAAGUCUUUCAAAUUCCAGCCUGAGGAGAAUGAACUCACACAUGAAGCAGAUGAGUCACUGGCUUGUGGGGGAAAGGUGUUGCACGAUAAUAAAGAUGCUUGUUCCUGUAGAAAACUAUAUUAUAGUAAAGGUUUAACCUUCCUUGCAAGGUUACCUUUAUUGGCAUAUUGUUUGAUUUUCGAGAAACUCUGAGAAAGAAAACCAAUUCUGAAUCUUUGGUCUUCCAUUCACUAGCUUGAGACUGGAGAAAGUUGGAGAGGCUAUGAUUUCUCAUUUCAAAUAUUCCUGCUGAAGAUUAUUAAUCCUUCUCCCAAAGUAGAUUUAGGUUAUGAAGGCUAGUAUAUCACUUUAGCACUCUGUCCCCAUGUUAUAAUUCUUCUUUACAUAUCUUUCUUCUUUCUGGCACCCACUUCAGCUAGUGUGCCAAUCAGUGUUCGGUUUUUGCUUUAACUUCACAGGAACUUUAGUGAUAUGCUUUGAUACACAGAAAUUCUCUGAUUUGUCUCUUUCAAGAAAAUUCUUUGGAUGAGACCCAACUUUAAUUCCAUUUCUCAUCACCUAGAUCAUUUCUUCCACCCCCUUCCGGAUGGUGUAUCUAUAGAUAAUAUGUAUGGUAGAUACUGUGGAUAUGGUGCUUAUCAGUCGAGCUGCCAAGCUUCUGAUGCCCUUAAAAGAAAAAAAGAAAAGAAUCUCUUAUGGUACCUGCUUCUUAUGGCUGAGCACCCACUAUACUACACCAUCAGUUGUACACAAAUUUGAGGAUAGAAACGUUCUGCUUGGAUUCUUAUUGACCAGAUAGAACUGGUGAUUUUAAUUUCUUAUUUCACUGUAAAUCUAGUAGGAAAUAUAGCACACUUGAUUCUGAUUUUGUAAGAAUCUUCAAUGUCUCGUGGAUUUUCUUGAAUGGAAGUCUGUAUGCUUAUAGCUUCUCUUCAGCACUUGGUAUUGAUAUUUUGUAUUGGUAUGUAAUGAAUUGCAGUCACUUAGUGAUAAUGCAAUUUCAUGAAAUCAGGGGAUCAUUUAUGGUUUUCCCCCUUCAAGAAUCAAGAUGUGGGAUAAUCUUCUCCAAGUUGCCCGAUUCUGGAUCAGAAUCUAAAAUGAUUUGGGAAUAUGAUCUUGCCUAUGGUGGUCUUGGGAUAUUCUUCACUGCAAAUAUGAUUAGUCAAUUUUGUAUUGUUUUUGAAAUCAGUCAUCAACAUCAAUACAAGAGACAAAUUUAAAGAUGGUAAAUUUAAGGGUAUUACGAAUGAAUCUUCAUAUCCAGUCAUUCAGUAGAAAAGGA